UCUCUCCAAGUUUCAUAGGCCAACUUAGAUCGAGAUAGAGUUGAAGUUUCGCCGAACACUGUAAUUAGAAAGAUGAAGGCUUGCAGUUUUGUCAGCCAUCCUUCCUUGCUUAUAAUCUUGAUAGUUUCAUGUCUUGGUGUAGAGGUAAGAGCACAAUUGACCACUGAUUUCUAUGCAACUAGCUGCCCUACUGUGUUCACCGUCGUCCGCCGUGAGGUUAUAAAAGCUCUUAUGAAUGAGAUGAGGAUGGGGGCAUCUUUGCUCCGACUCCACUUCCAUGAUUGCUUCGUAAAUGGGUGUGAUGGUUCAGUUCUACUAGAUGGAAGCAAUAGCGAGAAGCUUGCUUUUCCCAACCGUAACUCUGCGAGAGGAUUUGAUGUUGUGGACGCCAUCAAAACUGCAGUGGAGAAUGCAUGCAGCGGCACUGUAUCAUGCGCCGAUAUACUCGCAAUUGCAGCAAGAGACUCAGUUGUCUUGAGUGGGGGGCCUGCAUGGCAAGUUCUUGUGGGAAGAAGAGAUGGAUUAGUAGCCAACCAGUCAGGAGCCAACAGUGGCCUCCCUGCUCCCACCGAUCCCAUCAAUACAAUCAUAGCUAAAUUUAAUGCUGUUGGUCUUGACACCACCGACGUAGUCUCCUUAUCAGGUGGCCACACAAUCGGUCGAGCCCGCUGCGCGACAUUUACCAAUCGUCUAUUUAACUUUUCUGGUACCGGUGCGGCGGACCCAACAAUGGACUCAACCAUGGCAUCAGAGCUACAGACCUUGUGCCGGGGCGGCGAUGGCAAUGCAACCACUGUGCUUGACCACAACUCCGCCGAUGUUUUCGACAACCACUACUUCAUCAAUUUGCUGAACCAAAAGGGCGUCCUGUCAUCGGACCAGGGUCUCUUCUCGAGCGAUGAAGGGGUGGCAGCGACCAAGGCUUUGGUACAGACCUACAGCAGCAAUGGGAACCAGUUCUUGAAGGAUUUUGUGACUUCCAUCAUCAAGAUGGGAAAUAUAAGGCCCCUCACAGGUUCUUCUGGAGAGAUACGUAAGAAUUGCAGGGUGGUUAACUGAACUCAGCAGGGUUCCAAGCCUAGAAUGUUUUCAGCUGUGGUUUUUGGGUUUGUUUAUCAAAAUAUCUGUAUUAGAGUUUAUGGAAACUGUAGCUAAGAAAGACAGUGUAAAUUAUGCAUGAUUGAAUAAAAAAAAAUCCCACUCUAUGCUGAUUUAA